CGGCAAACAUUUCCUAAACGUAGAGCGACACUUUUUUGCACGGUACUCUUCCGUUCUUCGAAUGGUAGAAAUAGCGGCGUCGAACGCGUGUUUUAAGUGAUGACCCACUGCGAAUCCCUGGCGAAGUCGUGUUUCUGUGGGCGAUGGUGAAACAGGCAUGGCGCGGCCUGACGCGGCCUCUACGUCUGAUCCGGUUCGCUGAAGUCAGGCUAUGGCUGGUGCUCGCAGUCGUCGUCAGCGCGUUUGUGUUUCUCUUUGUGCUCGCCUUGGCACGUUACCGUGUUUUUCGAAGGCAAAUGAACCUGCUGAAGAACAUGCCCAAAGACUCUGGCCGCUAUAUUGCCUCUGGGAUCAGCAAAGUGCUCGCCGUUCUUCGCAAUCCCAUGGAUCCAGCUGUCGUCAUGUACGAGGGCUUCAACGGAUACGCGCAGCUCACAAGCCAAGAGGGCAUAUUUCAUUUCUGGAUCGGGAUGCAGCCCUUUGUCGUGCUACACGCAGCCCACACUAUAGAGGUACCAUACUUUCAACAGAUUCCUCGCAAGUUGCCGAGAGCCAUUGGUGCCAUUUACUUGCAAGAACUUGUGGUCAUCCCUGCUAAAGUCCAGAAUCUUCUCUCCUUGGGACCAAAGUUUGCCCUGAAACCAAAGCUUUCUGCUCCAGAACUGUCGUUGCACGUGCAUUAUGUUGCCUGCCUGCCAACCAAAUAUGAGCAACCGUGA